UCGAACGCAACGCCGUCGCCGCCGCUACACCGCAUAACCAACCAACCAAUCCACCCUGUUCCGGUUCGCCCCUCCCUUCCCCUGAUUUCAGUCGACCGACUACAACCACUGGCGUUCUUAUUAGAUUUUAUGGCGGUCCGACAUAGAACAGAAAAAACGACGACCGCGCCUUUGGCCGUUCCAUUACGCGUUGUUCCCCAGCCCGUUUGCCAUCCGUUUCGUUCUCGCGCCGUUAGAAUCGCACGCUGCCGCAGUCGCAGUCGCUGCUGGCAUCGCUGCCGCUGGCUGACUUAUUGGCUUUAAGCGAAUUUGAACGUCGCUCGAACUUUUAUUCAACGUGUUGGUUCCAUCGUGUGAGCAACUCUGAAACGCUAAACAUUCGCAGCGGAAACGGAAAACCGAAAUAUAAACUUAGAAAAUCACACAAACCGAAAAUACAACCCCCUCUUAAAAAACAAAACCCGUAAAAACUCGUGAUAUGCAAUUGAUAAAUACCAGCUUCACUCAAAAGUAUAGGAAUCCUUAUCAAACGUCAAAGAUCUAACACUAUUUUUUUGAAGUGUUCAACCCACAAAGUGCUUUUAACAACAACAACUACCAAAAUGCCUUACAAGAGCGUCACGCUUUAGUGUCAAGUGUUUUAUUCCCCACCCUUUUCGCAAAAUACCUAUUUGAAACUGAAAAAAAGACGUCGAGGUGUUGACCUGCCGAAAGGCCAACGAAACACACCGGAGACAAUCAGCAGCAGGUGGGCAGAGCUCCUCUUUUGGAGAGCGAGAUUUCCCAAUAGCUCCGCUCAGUUCAGCUCAGCUCAGCUCGGCCCGGCGAUUUCUGCAUUUAAUGAUUCGCUGCCGAUGUGAAGCGAGGUGCCGGCUGUUCGACGUUCAACGCAUUCGCUCGGCCUUUGCGCUCUGAGCAACAACAACAGUCGGGGAUCUGAGCCGAUGGAACUGAAUGGUAUACCAUACCAUACUACUCCUCCAGCCCCCCAAGAACCCCUUAAUAAGCCGAGAGAAAAACUCUAGAUUCGAAGAAAAAGAAGCGGAACAGUGAAAAGUGUGUGCCUCCAAACCCUCUCCGUUUGUAAAACAAUAUUUAAAAGGGAUUUUGAAGAAACUUUUUCGACAAUCCAACAAACUAAUGCAACGCGUAGGCCUUCAACUGUGAUCAAUGUAUAUAUAACAAAAAAAAAGUAACAAAAGAGAAAACCUAGAGAUAAAGCCAGUUCGUUACAAUUUAUUUAAUCACGGUUUAGUUUUUUUUUUUAAUUUCCCGUGUGUGUGUGUCCGUGUAACAACUAAGCCAUGUUCAACUCCAACAUACCGGCCUCCUCGCUGCUCAGCAUCGAGAGCAGCGGCCUCCUGAUGGGUGGCCAUACACCCAAGACGCCGGAGAUUCUUAACUCGCUAAUCGCCAUGACCAAUCCGAUGGACAACUUUAGUUUUGGCUCGACAGCAGCCGUUUCGGUUGGCUCGUCCGCUUCCUGCAGUGCGGCUGGCACGCCGGUAGUUACCGUCCGGCACUUCAACGGACAUCCCAACGGACAGUCGCAGGACAGCAGUCAUUCCAGUUGCUCCGGAUCGCCACUCGACUCGCCAGCGGGCACGGCCACCACGCCCAGUGUGCAACAGACCUGCUCUCGCCUGAUUAAAGAGGGCCUGAAGCUUUCCAUCCAGAGCAAGCGCAAGCUGUCCACCUGCGACUCCAGCUCCGGAUCGGAGCAGCCGCACUCGAAGUACUCGCGGCGCAGCAGCAACCACAACGGGCACAGCGGUAGCAGCAGCAACAACAACUACAGCGGCAGCAUGAGCAACGCCAACGACUUGGACGACGACGAGGAGUCGAGCGACGACGACAGCGAGACCAAGUCGCAACCGAAGGGACUUACUCCCGAGGACGAGGACCGGCGGCGAAGGCGUCGCGAGCGAAACAAGAUCGCCGCCACCAAGUGCCGAAUGAAGAAGCGCGAGCGCACCCAAAAUCUAAUCAAGGAGUCAGAGGUCCUGGACACCCAGAACGUGGAUCUGAAGAACCAGGUGCGUCUGCUGGAAACCGAGCGCCGGAAGCUGAUGGACAUGCUGCAGUCGCACGGCUGCCAACGUGCCGAAGGCUGCCAGUUGCCCAACCAGCUGCUGCAAUCGCCGGCCCAAAAGUAUCUCAGCGAACUGGAACUGGAAACGGUGACCGAAGUGGUGGCCAGUUCCGGCAACAACCAUCGGCUGCAGAGCAUCCCCUCGAUGGCCACCUUCAAGUUCGGGUCCAAGACGGCGGCGGCUAUGGCCCAGCAACUGCCCAGUGGCUACUGCAAGCCCUCGCCAAGCGCCCAGGAGUUCGAGCACGCCGGCUACCAGCAACAGCAGCCGCAGCAGCAGCAAUCCCUAAAUCCCGCCGGCAACAGCGUGGUCGAGCAGCAGCAGCAGCAGCAGCAGACGAGUGCCAGUCCCGGCCUGAUGUCCGACUACGUGCCCAACUGCGAUGGCCUGAGCACCAGCACCAAUCCGAGCCACAACAGCAGCAGCAGCAGCAACGGCAGCAGCAACAUCAGCAGCAGCAACAUCAACAGCAACAUCAGCAGUAACGCCAGCGGCAACAUCAGCAUCAGCAGCGGCAGUGCAACGGCAACGAGCAACGCCAGCACCACGCCCACCGCCACCAGCAGCGCCAUUGAGUUUGUGAAGAACGAGUUGGUGGACUCGCAGAGUCCCUACACCUCCGCCCUGAGUGCGGAGAGAUUCCUGUUCGAGCCGAACGACAGUUUCCCGGAUAUCAAGCACGCCUGUGUUCUGCCCUCGCCCUGCGGCAUCAAUGGCAUCAACAUGGCCAGCGUGGUGCACACGAACGGCAGUGCCGGUGGCAACAAUAAUAACAACAGCAGCAACAACAACAACAACAACAGCAACAGUCUGAUGGACUUUCACCAGGGACUGCAGCAUGGCAUCGGGGUUGGAGUCGGCGUGGGCGUGGGUGUUGGCGUGAUGAACCCGUACGACGACGAGCAACUGCUACUGCUGAAAAACAGCUGCUACAGCAACGAUAUACUGUCCCAACUGGUGGACGACGGCGGGGAGUACGUGGACCUGGACACGGCCACCGCCUACAUGAACAACGGCAGUUGCCUGGCGUGAGGAAGGGCGCCGGACAGGGAGCGGGAACGAGACUGCGACCGCGACCUGCUGCUACCAGCCUUUGAUCAGUCCAAUAGCCACCAGCAGCAGCAGCAACAUCAGCAGCAGCAGCAGCGACUAGAACACCGACAACAGCAGUCACACCCUUCCGAGAAUGAGGAUCCAUCGGCCAGUCCGCAAAUGGAUCGGCAGGUGGAACUUGAACUCGAAAUGGAGCUGCAACUCGGAGAGGAGCAGGAUCCGGCCUGGGCCCAUGUAGACUAUUGGUGCUAGGCCACUCCCUACACUAAUUUAAAUAUUAACCGCCGCCACUCAUCGAUUUACCGAAAGUAAUACCAUGAAAGCAGUACAAGAAGCUGAAGAAGCCGCAGUCCCCCAUAACAAACCAAUCCAAUUCGACCCGAUUGAAUUUUUCAACUUUGCCAAAAGUUCUAAAACAGUUACUUUACAAUCACACCUUGGAGAUAUCUAAUUUUAAACAGUCGAAAUUGUUUUGAAAGUUUAGUUUUUAUGUUUUCGUUAAUUUUUCCUUACUUAAACGAAAUCUUAGACAUUCUUAACAUUUAUUUUAUUUCAAAACAUAGGCAACCCAUCUAUCAAAACUAUAUUUAAAAUUUUAUCAAUCCAAGUUCGAAUCCAAGUUCUUCCAAUAGCAGAGUUUCCCUGAAAGGCCCCAAUGGCCAAUAGCAGAGUUCUCCCAAUCCCGCGAUCCAACCAAGGACCACUCGAAUAUCAUCCCCAAGCCCUAGAUCCAUCCCCGCCUUAUACGAUUCCUGACCCCAUGAUCCCAAGUCCGCCUGGAGCGGCAUUCAGCCUGUGGCUUGACUACCUCAUGAAACAAAAGCAGAAACAAUUAACAAGUAAGAGUUGUAAAGAGUAAGGAUUAAACAUUGUAAGACGAUAGUCAAAAAAGCAGACGAAGCAGAGUAAUAGAGAGCACACAAACACACGCCCAGGAAAAAAAGAAGCACUUGCACAACUGUACAUAACUCAACAUUUGAUACGAUAUAGCUAUCGAUAACAUUCCAUUGCAAGCCUGCGAAAGGGAAGUCGAGAGAAGAAGAGUCACAUCCGCAUCAGUAAUUAUUAAUUUUAAUUUGUUCAAUUAUUUUCCAAGCGUAUUUUUGUUUGCUCUUUGCUCCCAACGAAGCCUUAAAAAUUAUAUUAACUAUGCUAUAUAUUUGUGUAAACAAUAGAGAGAGAUAGAGAGAGGGAAAAUCUUGUUCAGAAUUCUAAGCAGAAGCAGUAACAAAAAUUAAAAGCCCAUGCGAUAUAUGAUGACGUUUGAUAUUUUUUCUAAAAAUUAGGCUUAGUCAGUGAUAUACCUUAUAUAUACCCUACAUAUAAACAAGAUACAUGGAUGAAUUUUUGUUUUUUUUUUUUGUGUCCAUACAUUGUAAGCUAAAUUAAAAAUUGUGUAAGCUGUUGCCUUAAUCAAAAAUGAAAACGACAAAAAAAGAAAUUCAAAUUGACAACUAAAACUUAAUUACUAAUCUUCACUUUGUUAAUUCUUUUGCAAAACUAAUCUUCAAGAACAAAUAAUUAAAUAUUAUAUAUAUAUAUAUACAAGAGAUAAUUGCAAAGAAAUAUGUAUGAAGUAUGAAUUGGUGGAUUCAAAGAACUUAAAGUGCUGCUAAAAUUGAAACUUGGAACUCCUUUAAACUUGCGCCUUAUUAUAGUUUAACGAGAAACAACUUUUGUAACUUAUAUUAUAAACGUCAGUUAGGAGAAGUCAAAUAAUAUAUAUAUAUACAAGCGUGUACUAAAUUGAAGCAAAACUUAUAUAUUUGUGUGUGCCUAUUGCUUGAUCAACGAGUUAAGUCAGAGUUCAUUUAUAUAUAUAUAUAUACAUACUUAUACACGGAUAUAACAAUAAUAUAUAUAUAUAUAUAUACAAAAGUGUGUGUACAAACAGCUGUGAACACCAAAAAGUGGCCUAGAGGAGCAUCGAACCCAAAUGAGAGCAAAACAAAAAUAAUUCCCCUCACAAGUGCUUUGAAAUUGUUCGUAAUUGUAAUUGCCUUGAUUUGUACUAAAGAGUUAACCAACGAUACCGAUAAACGAUAAAUUAUAUAUAUGUAAAAUAUGCAAAGCCAACUAUUUAUAACAACCCUGUAUAAGUAAACGAACCCCAUGAGCCUCUUGAUCACCGCCUUUUUCUCUAGAUGUACCAAGUCUACCAUAAUUUUAUGUCACCCCAAAAUCCCACUUGUAUCCGAAGUAACCCCCACGAAAAUGCCUACCUAUUUGCCCCAAAUAGGACUGUUAAGCAUGUAAACCAUAAAGUAGCCUUUCCAUUUGAAAUGGAAUUUUCAAAUCAAAAAUUUACCUCACACAAAAAAAAAAAAACUCGCACCCAAAACACACACAAAGAAGCAACCCUGAAGUAUAUUAGGGUGUGGACUUCACUCGCCGACAAUUGAUAUUACGUUCAUUACGUCCAACCAAAACGAAAAUCUACAAAGAAAAAUAACAAAAAACAUUUAAAACGAAAAACUUAAAAAAGUUUUAACCACUCAGGUCAGGCGAGUGAAGAACCUUCAAGGGUUGCCAUCACAUUCAAUGUUAAAUGUAAUUUGUAACUGUAAAUGUUAUUUGUAAACGAUAAUUGUAAACGGCUAAAUGCAAUCAAGUCCUUUUUGUUAGCCCCCCCAAAAACAAAAGGGGGCAAAAGGAUAGUUCUCGCUUGUAAAUUUCGUUUAAUUUUUGUUUACCCUCGAUUUGUUUUGUUUGUUUUCGAUUAAUAUUCUCUAAUAUACAUAAAUAUGACCUAGA